UGGUGCUUCAAAAAUAGGUGCUGGCUUUUCCGAUGGACGAUGAACGCUUCGCUGCGGCCGCCGAGGACCUCCGGCGCCGCAACCGCGUCAAGCAGAAGCGGCUGCGCGAGCGCGUGGCCGCUGAGCGCCGAAGCCUCCGCGCGCAGGUCGCGACGCUCUGCAAGGCGCUCGCAGCGUCCGCGCACAAGCCCAACGACACGCUCUUGAGCUGGAAGACGAUCGCCGCCGGCCUCGCGCGGUCGACCGUCGAGUCGCGGCUCUCGUCCGUCAUGCUGCGCCAAGAGCUCGAGCGUACUUUGGCGCUGAGCGGCCGCAUCCAAGCCUGGGUGGCGUCCAUGCACCCGAGCCGAACCCUGCUCCCGGCGGCUCCGUUUAGCUGGAUCAACAUUACGCUCGUGGAUGACAUUGCGUCGCGCAAAGUCGGGCUCGACUGGUACACGCAGCACUUGUAUUUCAACACGGAGCGGAUGGUCGCCCUCUGCAACUUCCCGUCCCAUGGCGCCAUCAUGGACAACUUGAUCCUGGAGCUCGGCCAGGACCUCGUCGAUCUCAUUGGCCGCAUUCAAAUCGACUACGACCAGUCGCUCGAGGCGACGUAUGCGCUCUUGCGCGAUACGAUCUGGGCCGAGCUGCGGGGCGAUACGCACUCGUUUGUGUCCGAGUUUCUCGACCAAGAGCUCACGGAAGCGAUCGACCCGACCAUGCUGUACCGCCGGACGGUACUCGAGGUCGACGAGAGCAACUACUACGUCUGCCGCGAGUUUUGCACCGACGACCGCAUCGUGUUUUUGUUUGGGAAUUUCAGCCAGGACGCCCGGCAGCCCGAGAACCACCGAUGGCGCCCGCGUCUCUUCUGGUAUAUUUUGGAGCGCCAUGGUCCGCACCGGACGCGGCUCAAGGUCAUCAUGUACAACGGCCCGAAAAUGAUUUAUGGUCGACUCAAUACGUGGCGAAACGUACUGGAGAGCGUCAACGAGUACAACCCCGAGAAGACCGACGCGCAACUCUUUGCGCGGUACCGCGAGCUCGUCGACGAGCAGUUUUACCACCUCUUGCGUGUCGACUAUGCGUCGCUGACGCUGCAGGCGGGCGAGAUCGAGCGCUCGGCCGUCGAAAACGUCCACCGCAUCAAGUAAGAUAGACUUAGUACUUGGUAGUGUAUAAUCAAAACAAGACAUUUGUAUCUCUAAAAUCUCUAAAGAGGCUAUAG